AUGCCAGAAAGGAUCAUAUCAGACAAUGCAUUGAAUUUAAACAACAGCAUGGUAGCAGAGGUCUGCAGUCAGUUCAAAAUUAAACACCACAACUCGUCACCAUAUCACCCAAAAAUGAAUGGUGCAGUUGAGGCAGCUAAUAAGAAUAUCAAGAGGAUUGUAGGAAAAAUGACUGAGACUUAUAGAGAUUGGCGUGAGAAGUUACCAUUUGCUCUUCAUGCUUAUCGAAUAUCAGUCAGGACCUCUACUGAGGCAACUCUUUUCUCCUUGGCUUAUGGAAUGGAAGUAGUUUUAUCCAUCGAAGUUGAGAUUCCUUCCCUUCGAGUCUUGUCAGAGCUGAAGUUGGAUGAAGCGGAAUGGGCCUUUUCUGGAGGAGCAUUGAUAUUAACCGAGAUGGAUGGAAAGAACCUACCUAAUCCAGUGAAUUCGGACUUAGUUAAGAAGUACUUCACCUAA